AUGGUAGACGGAGACUGCUGCACCGAAGAAUGCUCCUUCACCGGGUCCCUUGUGGUUUCAGAUGCGACUUUGGGUCCAUGCACUAGCGAGGGAGGUAUUCUGGCCAAUGCUGAGAUCCUGGAGAUCCUUGAUGAUUCUAGCCGCGUCAAGCAUAACUUUUUGGACCAGCAUACGCACAGCAAUGUCCUCGUCUACGAUGACAAUCAGUUCAUCAGCUGGAUGAGCGAGGACGUGAAGCAAGAGCACCAGAUAUUCUACCAAGCGCUAGUGUGCGACUCGGAAGAUCUUGGCCCCAGAAAAGACGUUGCUAGAAUUGCUAUCACCAAUUUGUUUGUCAAGAUCAAAGCGAUUUACAGGACUGUGGAAGACGCUGUGGCGGAUUCUGCUGCAUGCAAAAUCAACAGCGCCCUCGACAGCUUUAGCAACGACCUUGCCCCUGUUCCUCCAGAGCCUGAUAAUACUGGGCUACUUCUCUUGCUCGAUAUUCUUACUAUUGGAGCCUCCGCUGCCCUUGGUCUUUUGUUCAAGAAUGUCAUUGCCAAAUUGCCGAAAUUCGCAGCAGCCGGGUCGACAGUAGCAGCCAACCUAGAGGACACGACCAUCCUUGCUGUGCAGCAAGGGACGACGCUGGCGAAGGAUCUGGCGAGCAAGGACCCGUGA